GUGAGGACCUCCUCAGGCACUUACAUCGGGGCGCAUGGCCGGCGGCGUCGUUACUCCGCGUAGCGAUCCAUUAUAAAAGGUCAGGGAGUCUCGUCCACUCAACCUACACCCGCCCUUCAUCUCCGACCAAGAGCCUCACAGCAUCCUACUCAUCCACUCACUCUCUCAUAAUGCUCUCCGCUUUCAUCCCCCUCGCUCUCGCGGCCGCCGCUAGCGCCAAGACCCUGCGCGCCUCGACGACCUCGCCCUACGGCCAGUCGUCGCUCAACCUUGAGCCCUUCAACACGACUUACGGCGUCGCGCUCUCCGGGCGCAACCCCGUCCAGACCACCAUCCGAGCAGACCUCGACGACGCGGGCAACCUCGUCAUGGAGUGCCCAAAGGCCGGGUACAUCGCUGCCCUCAUCCCCACGGACCCUGUGCAGGACCCGGCGGCGUACCACGUCCAAUUCGUCGAGUCGGCGGAGGCGCUGCCGGCGGAGGCCAUUGUCGGCGGCUGGGCACUGUCCGCUGACCGCUCCGGCCUCAGCAAUGACAGCUACACCAAGGUCGAGAACACGCUGAUAGGGCAGGGCAUGUACACCGCGCUCAAGGUCGGCAACGACGAGGGCUACUUCCUGUCGUGGCUCAACGACACGGCGGAGCACCACUUCGACACUCAGUGGUACAUCGUCUUCGACAGCACUGAGGGUGUCGCUACAUGCUAGAAGAUUGACGCGAAGGAUGCAUGGGUAAUCGUAAUGGAUGGACUUGGGCUAUAUUAAUGGACAAUGGAUUUACUUGGGCGUCUCCUUGACGGCGAGAGAGGGGAACUUGCGCGCGUAGUACUUCGCCCAUACUCGCUCAGCGCCUGAUAUAAAUGGGUAUCCUACGGCACUAAAAGCGGUUGAGCGAUCGUGCGCCAUGUCAUCUCCUCCUACUCGCCGACUGCUGAGGAUAGGCUACUUGCUAGCAUUCAGGACAUUCGGUGAGGCGGUCGAUGAGUGGCAUGGUCCUAGAAGACGCUGCUAUAUUUGCCCAAGAUGGCCAUCACAUUCUCCUGCGC